AUGCAACAACCUUUAGAACAAGCUGUGGAUCAGGCAGAGUCUAUCAUUGAAAGUGCCCAGCAGAGACCCCCUAAACGGAAUUGCUCAUCUGAUGGAGAAAAAUCUCUCCAUCAAAAACUGUAUGACAUCUAUGUUGAAGAAUGUGAAAAAGAGUCUUCGAUAAUGCAGGGAUUAAAAAGUAAUGUGAACUUGUUAGAGAAGCUUGUUAAGAGAGAGUCACUGCCCUGUUUAAUUGUAAACCUGUACCCAGGGAAAGAGGGCUAUUCCCUGAUGCUGAAGGAGAAAAAUGGGUCAUGUUCAGAAUCCAUACACCUGCCUUACGAUGAAGCUGAAUUGCUCGAAUACUUUGAUGCAGAAGAAUUGCCUCCCAUUUUGGUGACUCUCCUAGAUAAAUCUGAGAUUGAUAUUUUUCACUCUGGGUGUGUCAUUGCAGAAAUAAGGGACUACAGGCAGGCUAGCGAUGUGGCACCUCCUGGCUACCAAAGUAGGCAUAUUCUCUUGCGACCAACGAUGCAGACUUUAGCCUGUGAUGUACAGUCAAUAGCCAGUAAUUCCAAGGCAUGGUCCCAGGAAGACAAGCUUCUGCUCGAGAGCCAGCUACUCUUAGCUACAGCCGAACCACUGUGCCUUGAUCCUUCUGUCGCAGUAGCCUGCACUGAAAACAGACUGCUCUACAACAAGCAAAAGAUGAACACGCGCCCCAUGAAAGGAAACCUCAAGAGGUAUUCUGCUUCCUCCCUGAAUAGGCAGCAGGAGCUGUCUGGUUGUUCACCUCCUCCUGAGCUGAGCAUGGUGAGUUCCUGCAAAAGAAGCAAAGGCUGUAGAGAAGUUCCACGGUAUGAUCUCAAAAUUUCUGGGGGCAGUUAUGUAGAUAUGUGGAAGCAGAGACCCUGUGACUUGGCUGUCCCUUCUGAAAUAGAUGUGGAGAAAUAUGCGAAAGGGAAGACGCCUGUCAGAGACUCACACCCAGUAGCCUGGUCAGCCCAAGAGGUAAAGGAUGACUCUGGAUUUGGAUGUAAAGCUGGCAGACAGUCUCAGACAGCGGAGCCGAUCUUCAUGCAGUCACAGAGUAAUCCACCUGUCUCUGAACAAAGGUCGUGUACAGAAGCCAGAUGUGAGAGACCACUGUCUCCGCCCCAGUCCUCCAUGGAUGACCAUUCACCAAGUAUCAAGAGUAAGCCCGAUCCUGGGAGCAUGGUUGGUUCAUCUAAGGAACUGGUCCAGAUGGACAUCAUAUGUCCAGACACAGUAUCCACCAGCUCCAGCGGCUCAGCCAGUCUCUGCCUACUUUCCCAAGAGGAAGAAACAUUCCAGUCUGAGUCCCUGCUGAUUCCGAGUUCCAUCCUGGAGAAGGGAAGUGACUAUUCUGAUCUCUCCAUCACACUUCCUCCAAGCUCAGACAGUUCCUCAUGGAACACUUUUACUCCGGAGCAGACAAGAAGCUUUUUCAGUUUUCUCUCACCUGAUCCUGCUUCUCAGCCACCAACUCCUUCCCAGACACCCUCUGUGGAAGUGAAUAGUGUCCAGGUGACUCCUACUGCUGCCCUUUCCACGUCAUCACAGACAGGCCCAGCCCUGGCCAGUGACGACUCAUCACAACCAACUCCAGAUCCAUCCACCGUGAAGCCCUCACAGAGGCCCCAAGUCACCCGAGGCGCUGCUGACCCUGCAGGACCGAGUAGCAUCCAUGUGGUGAGUCCUCCUCGAGCAGCACCAUCUUUGUGCUUCUGGUCUCAAGCCUGUGCGUUUAUUGCAGCUUCCGCAAGGUUCCCUUGUUUUGAAGACCCAGCUGGAGCCGCAGGAGAAGCAACAGCUCGUUCAACUGAUUCCAGCUCAGCAACUUCUCCAGCAUCCCGCUGUUUCCCAGCAACCCACGUCACAGUCGUCCACUCUGCCAUGUUGCACCAGUGGCCAGCAAGCCGUGGUCAUUAA